AUGGCUUGCAACAGGAGUGGAUUCGUGAACUCAAAUAGCUCCACAGGUAGCGACCGUGAUCGCGUAGGUCCUUAUCGUAUGGGUCACACUUGCACUGCGUACAUCCACGGAACUCAACAUGCUGACGGCCGUGUAUCCAUCGAGAUGUGUGGAGAUCACUAUGGUCAUGACAUUCGAAUGCGACUUCCACCAAUCAUCAAAUCGAUAAUUGCACAACGGCAAAUGGAAGGCGAAAGCAGUGCUGAUAUAAUUGAUUAUUUAAGACGUGAGCUGUUUUCUUCUGUAUGUUUUUUCUCCAUAGAAGAUGUCAGCAACUUGCUCCUAAAGAUUCGCUAG